AUGGACCGCGAGGCGCGGACGUACGCCACGGCGUGGGCGAACGAACUGGCGAGCACGCUGUCGGAGGACGCGAGGGCGCUGGAGCGAAGGCUGUUCGGCGACGAAGGCGGCGCGAGCGAGCGCGGCGAGGACGAAGACGAAGACGCGAGCGAGGAAGAGACGGUCGGGACGAGCGGGAGGAAGGGGAAGGCGCGCGCGGACGCGAGAGUGCGAAGGAAGACGCGACGAGAUUGGAGUAAAGUGCCGGACGAGGCGCUGCCAAGAGUCGCCGUCGUGGGACGGCCAAACGUGGGGAAGAGCGCGUUGUUUAAUAGACUCACUGGAACGAAACGGGCGAUCGUGUACGACGAGCCGGGGGUGACGCGAGAUCGGAUGUAUGUGCGCGCGUAUUGGGGCGAACACGAGUUCAUGAUGGUGGACACGGGCGGGUUGGAAAAUUUACCGGCCAAUCCCGAGGGUGGGCCGAAGACGGACACCGUCGGCGGCGUCGAAAUCUUACCUGGGAUGAUCGAGGCGCAGGCCGCGGAGGCUGUGCGAGAAGCGUCUGUGCUCAUUUUUGUCGUCGACGGUCAAGUUGGGCUGACGGCGGCGGAUAUGGAUAUUUUCGCCUGGUUGCGUCGCACGCACUCGAAAAUACCGCUCCAUCUGGCGGUGAACAAGUGCGAGAGCACGACGAAGGGGGAGGACCAAAUCCUCGAGUUUUGGUCUUUAGGCGACGUUACCCCACUCGCUGUUUCCGCCAUCAGCGGCACCGGGACCGGGGAGCUUUUGGAUAACAUGUGCGCGACUUUGCCGCCGCCUCCGCAAGUCUCCGAGGAUGAAAACGCAGAGGAGGAAGAUAUUCCCGUCACAGUCGCCAUCAUCGGCCGACCGAACGUGGGGAAGAGUUCGUUGUUGAAUGGUUUGGCCGGUGAAGCGCGAUCGAUCGUGAGCGACUUUUCUGGUACCACACGAGACAGCAUCGAUACCUUGGUCGAGGACAAGUACACGGGGCGAAAGUUUACACUCAUCGAUACGGCGGGCAUUCGGCGACGAACUCAAGUGAAAUCCGGCACGGAUGGAGCCGAAAAACUCAGCGUCGGUCGCGCUUUGCAAGCGAUGAAGCGUGCAGACGUAGUGGUGCUAGUUAUAGAUGGUACUGAAGGACCGAGCCAACAGGAUUUUGUACUCGCCGAGCGCGCCACGCAAGAGGGCUGCGCCAUCGUGUUGUGCAUCAACAAGUGGGAUUUGGUGGACAAGGAUACGCACACGAUGAACAAGUAUACGGACGAUAUGCGAUUAAAGUUGCGUGUGUUUGAAUAUGCCGAAAUUGUGUACACGUCUGCGCUCACUGGACAGAGAAUCCAAAAGAUUUUAGACGCCGCGCAGGUGGCGAGCGAGAAUCACCGCAAACGUCUCACCACGGCGACGCUCAACUCUGUCGUACAAGAGGCGACUUUGUGGAAGCUCCCGCCGUCGAGAAACAGCAGAAAGGGUAAGAUUUAUUACAUCACGCAAGCGUCGAUACGUCCACCGACGUUCGUCUUUUUCGUGAACGACCCCAAGCUGUUUCCGGACACGUACCGUCGGUACAUGGAGCGCCAACUGAGAGAGAACAUCGGCUUCCCGGGAACUCCGAUUCGCUUGCUGUGGAGAGGAAAGGGCGUCGAAAAAGGGCCGAGGAAAUAA